AUGAGUCAAACCAUCGAGCUGAGGGAGAUUGAGACGAUCUCGAAGUCUGUCUCUGAAUCUGUCCACGAGGUAGAAUCACUUCCGAGGCGGCUACAUGAUCACGGAGACUCUUCUCAGUCAACGGCCCAGCCGACGACAGAAGACCUCCAGGAAAAUGUGCAGACGUCGCCCAAGAAACAAGCCAUGACAGCCCGCGUGCAGUUUGCGACUCUGUGCUGGUGCUUAUUCAUGGCAGGCUGGAACGAUGGGACUACCGGACCUUUACUUCCAAGAAUUCGGGAAGUCUAUGAUGUCGGCUUUGCAGUCGUCUCGCUGAUUUUUGUCUUUGCUUGUGUGGGCUUUAUCGGCGGCGCACUGCUGAAUGUCCCUCUAUCUGAUAAACUUGGCUUCGGCAAGGUCAUUGUGCUAGGAUCUAUUUUGCAGGUAAUCGCGUACGCUCUUCAAGCACCUGCGUUACCGUUCCCUGUGUUCGUUAUCGCCUAUGUUAUCAACGGGGCUGGCAUCGCGAUGCAGGAUGCUCAAGCCAAUGGAUAUGUCGCGUCCAUUAAAGAGAACGCCGAGACGAAGAUGGGAAUCUUGCACGCUACCUACGGUUUGGGGGCUUUCGCGGCCCCCCUUGUGGCAACUCAAUUCGCGCAGAUAGACAGGUGGUCAUUCCAUUACUUGGUCUCCCUUGGGAUUGCCUUGUCCAACGCCGUCACCUUAGCCAUGGUCUUCCGGUUCAAAGGGCAAGACGAAUGUUUAACCGCGAUGGGCCAGCCGCUCGGUGAGAAGGACAGUAGCGAGCACAGCAAGUUCCGGCAGAUCCUGACCCAGAAAACUGUGCAUUUCUUGGCCUUCUUUAUCCUCGUCUAUGUGGGGGUCGAAGUUACCAUCGGUGGAUGGAUCGUCACCUUCAUUAUUGAUGUGAGGCAUGGAGGUCCUUCGUCAGGAUAUAUAUCAUCUGGAUUCUUUGGCGGUCUCACAGUCGGUCGCGUUGCCCUACUCUGGGUCAACAAGAAGAUCGGAGAGCGGCGUGUCUUAUAUCUAUACACGUUCCUCGCGGUCGGCCUCGAGCUAAUCGUAUGGCUGGUCCCCUCGCUAAUUGGGGGCGCGGUCGCCGUAUCGCUAGUCGGUGUCCUGCUCGGCCCAUUUUACCCGAUUGCGAUGAACCACGCUGGGCGCAUCAUUCCUCGAUGGCUGCUGACUGGGUCCAUCGGGUGGAUUGCCGGGUUUGGGCAGGCAGGCUCUGCAGUCAUACCAUUUAUGACUGGUGCGCUGGCAUCCAAAUACGGGAUACAAAGCUUGCAACCCUUGUAA